AUGGGUUCAGAAAGAAGGAAAGCAUUACCAUUCAAAGCCAAAAUGCCAGAUAUCACCAACAUAUCAAGACUUUUGAAUGAACUUCCCGCAUGCUUCAGGGUUACUUUGCAAGGAAAGUUUGGCCAUAUUUUGGAUCUUCUCUCAGUAGAUGUUCAAACACCAGCCAUCACCGCUUUAGCUCAGUUCUAUGAUCCUCCGCUUCGAAGUUUCUUAUUCCAAGACUUUCAGUUGACUCCAACCUUGGAGGAAUUCGACCGGCUCUUGGGAUUUUCUAUGAAAGGAAGGACACCGUAUAAUAGGAUUGGUCAGGUACCUGAGGUAGAGAUGCUAGCCCUUGCCCUCUGCAUCCCCAUAUCUGAUGCAUUGGCUCAUUGGAAGAGAAGGGAGAAUCUCUUUGGUUUUUGGAGGGCUUACAUAGAAGAAGAAGCAGAAAGGUUGUUUGUGAUACAUCAUUGGGAUGCAUUGGCAAAUAUACUAGAUCUUCUCAUAUAUGGGCUAGUAUUGUUCCCAACCCAUGAAGGUUUUAUAGAUUCAGCUGCCAUAAGUAUCUUUUGGGCCGUUUGGAAGGAUAAACAAAGUUUGGUUCCUCCACUACUAGCUGACACUUUUCAUACUUUGCAUACUCGACAUCAAAAGAAGAAUGGAAUAUUGAUAUGUUGCCUUCCAUUGCUCUAUAAUUGGCUUAUCUCAUAUGUGUUCAAGCCUGAUGCUCACAUCAGUGAAAUGUCCAAUGGGGAGUGGGCAAGAACUCUGGUGUCUUUGUCUAGAUCUAAAGGUUGCAUCAGCUACAACCCCAUGUUAGCUUUGCGGAAGUUUGGAUGCCCUAUGUGUGGGAAGCCCGAUGAUAAAGAGUUAGAAGAGAUGGUUUUGAAUGAUAUGGGAACCAAUGAUCCUUUUCUCCUCCGUAAGAUCAUUCGAUCUUGGGAAAAGGUGCAUACCAAAGGAACAGAAUUAGUAAAGAAGAAUGAUGCAGCAAGGGUUCCUUAUCAGCAAUGGAUCUCGGAGAGGAUCAAAGUUGUGAAGCUCCAUUUUUCUAUAGAGAUUCCUCUAAGGUCUACUUCACCAGAACCAGUCCCUGUUUCUCUUGAAGAGAUGGAAGAACUUCGAGCCAUGGCAGCUAAACUUGGAAAGGAGAAAGAUGAUCUGUAA